AAGAAGUGUUCAAUUAAAAUUACAUAAAUUCUUGUGUUGGCCGCUUAAAAACAAACAUAUGUCAUUACAGUUGUUAAAAGCGCUCACAUACUUGCGAGGCGCCAGUGGACUUCUAUCUCAGAUUCAACGAAACACCGCACACAUAAAAACGUGGAGUUGGCGUGAGAAGAUUGCCAACCAAGCACAAACGAAAGUAUUUUUUGGCACAUCUAGUUGCAUUUGGUCAACAACCUCUUGGGGUAGCAAGAAGCAGAAGCGAAGUGUCCAAUUGCGAUCGGCAACAGCAGAUUUCAUCAUGUCCAAUCCAGAAAUAGAACAACAGCUUGCUCCUCUCCGCGAGCGGGUGCAGGAGCAAGGAAACCUGGUGCGGGAGCUGAAGGCAAAGGGAGCAGCCGAACUGGACGUGAAGAAGGCGGUGGCCGAGCUGAAGGUGCGAAAGAAGGCGCUAGAGGAGAAGGAGCUGGCACUUACUCCAAGCGUGGUCAGCUUCGACCGCGCAAAAAUGGAGGAUCUGCUGAAGCGUCGCUUCUUCUACGAUCAGAGCUUUGCCAUUUAUGGCGGCAUUACUGGACAGUAUGACUUCGGACCCAUGGGCUGUGCCCUCAAGUCCAACAUCCUGGCGUUGUGGCGACAGUUCUUUAGUCUGGAGGAGCAGAUGCUGGAAGUAGAUUGCUCCAUGCUGACACCGGAGCCGGUGCUCAAGGCGUCUGGACAUGUGGAACGCUUCGCCGAUCUCAUGGUCAAGGAUGUGAAGACUGGCGAGUGCUUCCGACUCGACCAUCUGAUCAAGCAGGCACUGGAGAAGCUAUGCAAGGCUAAAGACGCCACUGCGGCUCUACAGGCUGAAUGCGAGGAUAUCAUUAUUAAACUGGACGGUCUGAACAAGCAGGAAUUGUCCGAUGUCUUGGCCAAAUACCAGAUCAAGUCCCCGUUGACUGGCAAUGAUUUAACAGAGCCCAUUGAGUUCAAUCUCAUGUUUGCCACCCAAAUCGGACCCACUGGCCUGGUCAAGGGCUUCCUCCGUCCGGAAACGGCGCAGGGAAUCUUUGUGAACUUCAAGCGUCUGCUGGAAUUCAACCAGGGCAGGUUGCCCUUUGCCGUGGCCCAAAUCGGCAAUUCGUUCCGCAACGAGAUCUCUCCCCGCUCUGGUCUGAUCCGAGUGCGUGAGUUCACCAUGGCAGAGAUCGAGCACUUCUGUGAUCCCGUGCUCAAGGAUCAUCCCAAGUUCAAGAACGUGGCCAGCGAGAAGCUAACGCUGUAUUCAGCCUGCAAUCAAAUGGACGGCAAAUCUGCCCAGCAGUCCACCAUUGGCGAGGCAGUCGCCUCCAAGUUGGUGGCCAAUGAAACCCUCGGCUACUACAUGGCUCGCAUUCAGCAGUUCCUGCAUGCGAUCGGAAUCAAGCCCGAGUGCCUUCGGUUCCGCCAGCACAUGGGCAACGAGAUGGCCCAUUAUGCCUGCGACUGUUGGGAUGCGGAGAUCCUCACGUCCUACGGCUGGGUUGAGUGUGUGGGCUGCGCCGAUCGGUCGGCCUACGAUCUCAGCCAGCACUCGGCUGCCACUGGAGUGCGUCUGGUGGCCGAGAAGCGACUGCCGGCGCCAAAGACGGUCGAAGUCAGCGAAAUUGUACCCAACAAACAGGCCCUGGGCAAGACCUUCAAGAAGGAUGCCAAGGCCAUAACGGAAGCUCUUGCCAAGCUCUCACUGGACGACAUUAAGAGCGUGGAGACGCAGCUAUCGGCAGGUGGCCAGUAUAAACUGACUCUAUCCGAUGGAGCCACUCACGAACUGGGCGCGGAAACCAUCGGAGUGAAGCAUUCCACCAAAACUGUCCAUGUCGAGGAGUUCAUUCCGAGCGUGGUGGAGCCGUCCUUUGGCAUUGGUCGCAUCAUGUACGCGCUCCUCGAGCACAGCUUCCAGUGCAGGGACGGAGACGAGCAGAGAUGCUACUUUACUCUGCCACCUUUAGUGGCUCCUCUUAAGUGCUCCAUUCUGCCACUGUCCAACAACGCCGAGUUCCAACCGUACACACAACAGUUGUCCGCCUCCUUGACCAAAGCGGAACUGUCCCACAAGGUGGACGACUCCAGUGGCUCCAUUGGACGUCGCUAUGCCCGCACCGACGAGAUUGCCAUACCCUACGGUAUCACUGUGGACUUCGAUACUCUGAAGGAGCCCCACACUGUCACCCUGCGGGACCGGAACACCAUGAAACAGGUGCGUCUUGGCCUGGACGUGGUUGUCGGAGUGGUCAAGGAUUUGGCGACUGCGCGUCUCACCUGGACACAGGUGUUGGAGCAAUACCCGGCCUUUGAGCAACAAGAGACAACAAAAUGAGCUCCAAUUUAACGACUUCAAUAUUUUAUACGAAACACACACAAUUGAUUCUCCGUACACAGAUACGUGCUUAGAUACAAUGUUUGUAUGUAUUUGGGUUGUACUGCUUAUAUUUUGCAUUUAAAAUACUCUAUUUUGUAUAUGCUUGAGCUUGAAUUCAACAAUAAAUGCUUUCCUUUGCCAUAAUCAUUAA